AUGACCAGUAUUACGGCAGAAAAUACCAUCGAGCAGUUAAGAAUAAUCUUUAGUCGUUUUGGUAUCCCUAUCACUCUAACUGCCGAUAAUGCACCUCAGUUGAGCGAAGAUUGCGAAGAAUUUUCUACAUUUUGUAAUAUCUAUGGUAUCAAACUAAUCAAUACCGUACCUUACUGGCCGCAGAUGAACGGCGAAGUUGAGCGACAAAAUCGCACAAUUCUAAAAAGGCUCCAAAUAUCUCAGGAGCUUGGUCAAGAUUGGAGGAUUGAGCUUCAGAGAUUUCUUCUUACUUACCGAACGUCGGCUCACACUGUAACUGGUCGCUCACCGGCAGAAAUGAUGUUUGGUCGCAAAAUUCGUAACAAGCUUCCUCAGUUAACGGAAUCUGCGUUGAAUGAUGAAGUAGUUAGAGAUCGGGAUAGUUUUCAAAAGGAGAAGGGAAGAGAGUAUGUCGAUACGAAACGACGAGCAAAAGCUAGUGACAUAUCGGUGGGAGAUUAUGUUUUGCUGAAACGCAUGCGAAAAGAAAACAAACUAAGCACAGAAUACAUAAACGAGGAGUUUGUCGUCCUGAGCAAACGCGGAGCCGACUUAACGGUGAAAUCUUUGGCUACUGGUAAGGAAUUCAGGAGAAACACAGCACACGCAAAGAAAAUCGAAAGAACAGACACAGAAACUUCGAGUAACGCUGAUAUGCCUGAGUCCCCGGUUGGGUCCGGAUCGAUUCCACCCUCUAAACAAAGUAAUGGAGAAACAUCAUUGAAACAUGUGGAGAAGCGUAAACCCAAAGAACCUGCUUGGUUCGAAAGUUAUGUGCCUCAUUAA